AUGGAAAUGCCAGAAUUUUUCACACAUGAGACAGAAAAAGAAAAAUGUAGCAGUAGCGUCUUUGCUUCUACCGCCUCCUUCUCUCAUCAAACAAGUGAGGAGGGAAAUAGGAAUAAUAAUAAUAAUAGAACUGCGGGAUGUGAAGGGCCUCCGCGUAUUGCCCUCACAUUAUCCAAUACUCUCGUACAGUUCUUAUCACCUCUGCAAUUGCAGGGUUACACUGCGAAGGUGAUUGAGUCAUCGGGAACACCGCACAUGGAUGAACUGGUGGCUCAAGUCACAUGUGAGGAAGACGUGGAAAAACUUCUCGGAUCUCAGGCUUCUUUACAGCAGCGAAGAGAAAUGUGGAAAGGGAUAUGCAAAUGGAAACGAUUAGCUGGAAAACACGGACGAGAAAAGACGAAAAAGAAUAAUAAUAAUAAUAACAAAAAAAAAAACCCACCAUGUGUUACUUCUAGUGAAACUGUAAUUUCUAGUGAAACGAUUUCCUUAUCAAAGACUAUAAUUACAAAUAAUAGUAGUAGUAGUAGAACCAUCACACCUCGUUUUGGUGAUAUGGAUGGACACACACCUUCUCAGUUUAUGCGUCAGUUGGCUUUUCAUGGGUAUAAAAAAACCAAUACACCAGUAGAAAUAAACCCUUCCCCACAAAGGUGUAGUAGUGAACCUAUUGUAUCUGCUCUCACAAAUAAUACAAUGACCCCAUCUAGAAAUGAAGAUAGAAUUAAUGGAAUACAAGAAGGUGGUUUAAAUUCGAUAACUCCACAUCGAUCUGCUUCUUGGUCAUCAUCUACAAAUACUCUUUUUGGUAGUUCUCAUAAAGGUUCAGGUAAUCACUACCAUCGUGAAUGUUUUACACUGGCUUCACUUUCAGUAGGAGCAAAUGUAGACAUAAAUGGAGAGAAUGAUUUCGCUGAUGAAUGGGGAAUCCCUACGGAAGAAGCCGCAUUACAGAUUGUUUCUGAUUCUUCUGUAGUAACACCAAACGCAGAAAAAGGAAUUGAUGAAAUGGAAUUGGUUGAGAAGUGGCGAGAAGAAUAUGAAACAUUACAGAAAGAAAUGCGUAUGUCAUUAGAUAAAUCUCUUUCAGAUUAUAAUAAAGGUCUACAAAUAUUACAGGAAAAAAUUCAUCUGGUUCUUGAAAAGAUUCCAGAAGAUCAAACUUGCCCUCAAAAGACUAUAGCUCGAGAGUUAGCUUUCCAACUAGUACGAGAACCGAAAUUGAGUAUUGAGUUACAUCCUACAAAAGUGAAUGAAACAAUAGAUAUGAUGGUUAAUGUUAAUACUGAUCCCACAUUAGUUUCUUCAUUCCCAAAGCCUUCUCUAGAUAGUCAUCAAGAUGUGAAUGUUACGCAUAUCUUACCAAGUUCUAUUGUUGAGGAUUUACCUUGUCCUGACCCAAUGGAUGGUGAAGAGAUUCGAAAUAGUAUUCGACCAUCUUCAUUAUUAAAUACAACAGUUAUUUCUCCUCUUUCCAUUAAUGUUGGAGAAGAUGCGGUACUAUUAUCAACAACAGAGGUUCCAAGUCUUAGCGAUAUUACAGCAUCUGAUAGAGGAAGUCAUAGAAAUACGGAGAUACGAAUAUCAAUGGACUAUAUAAAAGAUAAGAUAAUAUUACCACAAAAAGAGCAGAAUAGGAUUUCUCAACAUGUAGAAAAUAAUACAUCUUAUGAUUGCUUAGUUCAUCUUAUGUCUGAGAAACCCAUAGUUGGGUCUAUGCCUCCUACAUUUACUGAUAAUACAGAUGAAAAUGUUAUUGAACCUCCUGCUGCAGGGGAAGUAUAUAGUGCUGUUAAUGAUGGUGAUAACAACCAUAACAAUAAUAAUAAUAAUAGUGAUAUUAUUAAUAAUAAUAAUAAUAAUGAUGAGUUGAUACAAUAUUCAGAAGCGGCAACACCUCCUUUAUGUAAUGAAGAAGAUAAUAUGGAUAAUGAUAUUGUAGGAGCCCAAAUUAUUACUAGUCCCUUCGGUAUGUUAUCUCUUGAAGACUUUGGCUUAAGGGCUUCAACACAUGAAGUAAAUAAAGGAUCUGUUCCACUUUAUUCAAGUACUCUAUUAGGUGGUGAAAUGCAUUCGAUUGGAUGUAAUGAGAAUGCCCAAAAUGAUAUAGAAACUCAAGUGAUUGAUGUGGAUGACUUUUCUUCUUCUUCUGAAGAUAUAGAACAUGCACAAGUUCCUUUCUUAUAUAAAGAGAAUUCUGGUACAGUUCCUCUUCAUGAAGGUAGUUUCAGUCUUGGACUACAUAGUAAUUCCAUGAUGGUGGAUGAAUGUUCUUCUUCUCAAGAUGAUAAUAUUGGAGUCUAUACACAACUUUCCCAAAAUCGACAAAUGGCAGUUUCACGAAGUCCUUCACUUCCAAUGCCGAUGGAGUCUGGUGAAGGUACUGUAGAGAGAGAGGGAGUUUCCUUUUCACUAACGGAUUGUGCCACACAACUAGAUUGGACAUCCGCAAGUAGUAUUGUUACUGAUGUUCGACAUAUGCUUUCUAGAUUAGAAACAGAUAAAACUGUUAUUGGUGAAAAAAAUUUAAAUAAUACCAAUAAUACAACAAUAACAUUUAUUUCACCACAACGUCCAGCAGCUCCUCAGGGACUUCCACCAUUACCAGUAAAGAAUCCAACAAGUGGUAUUCUCUCAAACUGUGAUAAAACGAUAACAAAAGGAUCUCUCGAAGAAUUAACACCAAGUAAAGUUAUGACUAUGGGUUACAAGGCAUUAAAAAGGUGGUGUAAGAAUUUGGGUCUUCAGAUUCCUCGUGAUGGAAUGUGUGGUAAUGAUGAUGAAAAGGGAAGAUAUCAACGUUAUCAAAAUGAUUCUGGUAUGAAUCUUUCAGAGUGUGAGGAUAGUAGAGGUUUUAAAAGUACACAGGAAGAAAAUAGUAAUGGUUGGUGGUUGCUUAAUGGUGGAGGUGAUAGUGUCUCUGUUAUUUCCAGUGGAUUUAGCGAAGAUCGGGAUGAUGAUAGCGAUGAUGAUGAAGAAGAUGAUAAUGAUUAUAAUAAUAAUAAUAAUAAUAAUAAUAAUAAUAAUAAUAAUAAUAAUAUCAAUGAAAAUUCAAAUGAUGGGAAUAUGGCCUGUACCCCACCAACACUAUUACAACCACCCAUAUCCACUUCUUGUCUGUCAACUGAUGCUGAUGAUUCUGAGUGGAAAAGUCUUCAGCGAGCGGCGCGGGUGGAGAAAAUGCGGGAGUCUCUUCGGCUUUUCAUUGCAAGACGUACUUUUAUGCAAAAAGUAGCUCCAUCCUUUCUUCAGCGUUUACCGCGUUUCUCUGAUGGACGUCCUUAUAAGCGUCUUCGGGCUGCAGAUUUGGUGAAAACGCAAAUCGCCUUAACCCAACAACAAUUAGAAGAACAACGUCGUUUAGCAAGAGUGGAGGAACAGGAAGAAAUGGUACGAUGUGUGAUAGCCAGUUUAGCUGGUGAGGCAGUGGAAAGUAUAGAGCAACAAUCACUAUGGACAAUGAAAGGUAAAGUCAAUAAUAAUAUAAACCGAAGCGAUAUCUUAUCUACAUCUAUACGAAGUGGAUCACCAACUGCCUCGGGUAACGUAGGACAACCUAAACUCGCUCUAUAUGAACAAAUACUCUUAAUGGAACCAACCGAUUUACAAGCCGCAACUACGCUUGUGCAGGCAGACUUUCCACAUGUCUCUCGACAUCGUGUGGAGACAUUACUGGAAGAGAGUGGAAUCCCAUUGGACUCUUUACGUCCUGUUCUCAACAGUGAGGGUGGGGGUGAUGGGGCUUGUGAGAUGGGAGCCACACAGCGAUCGGCCGCAUCCUACUCCCCACCACCAACUCCAAUUGAGAAGCAAAAGAAACAGAAAAUUGAACUCUCUCAACAGAGUAAAAAGCGUUUUUUUGCACAGCGUGGAUGGUUGCGGCGGGAAAAGGGUCGUUAA